UGCCAGUACAAAAUUGAAUGAAAAUUCGCAGAGCCCGCUCCGGUAUCCUCGAGUCCAGAUAUCACCCGGUUAAAGGCCUAAAACCCACCUCAGCCGACAGAAGGCCGGGACAGUUCCCUGCACGAGUGGGGAAGAUGGAGAAAGGACCGAGCCUAUCGAUGACUCCAAGUCGCUCCGUCCCGCAAUGUAACCGGAUAGGACCAGUUGCGACUCCUUGCUGUUCCUGGGGUGACUCUUGGCCGAUCCUCGUGGGGUAGUUUCCGCGCUGGUCAUGCAAUUACUGCUGUGACUCGGACUUGCGCCGUGGUGAGGAGACGAGCUUCGUUUAAAUGAUGCGAUGAUCCCCGCCAGGAUGUUGCGCGACGUGCUGUAUUUUGAUUCUCUUUAUUUCGGCCGCGGGGCUGGUAUUUUGUGUCUUUCCAGAACUGAAUCUAUAGAUCUGGUUCUUUUCUUACCUUUGUAACCUCGACCGCUUCUGCUUUGUUGGAAGAUCGAUUCACUCCACUCGCACGGGUCAUGAAAAUUUAUACCAAAGCAUAUGCCCUACCGUCAUCAUGAGCGACAAAAUCCCUUCAUGGAACGUUGUCCACAAACUCGAGAAGCGCCAGCUUCUCAUCGCAAUCAACUGCGUCGCCGCCCUGUCAAUCCUCUUCUUCGGAUAUGACCAAGGCAUGAUGUCCGGCGUCAACAAUGCCAAAGAUUACAUUGACCUGAUGGGAUUCGGAUAUACGAAAGAAUUGGACGGUGAACUAACCCCGGUAGUGACCAACUCUCUGCUACAGGGCGGAAUUGUCUCGGUGUAUUAUCUGGGGACGUUAUUCGGUGGACUGUUCGGCGGUUGGUUGGGUGAUCGCAUGGGGAGAAUCAAGUCCAUUGCUGUCGGAGCGGUUUGGGCUAUUGUUGGUGCGAGCUUGCAGUGCUCGGCGCAGAAUCAUGAUUGGAUGAUUUGUGCGCGGUUCAUCAAUGGCAUCGGUACUGGUAUUUUGAAUGCGAUCGUGCCUGUCUGGGCUACCGAGACCGCCGAGCAUACUUCGCGUGGGCAAUUCAUUGCUAUUGAAUUCACAUUGAACAUAUUCGGUGUCGUUCUGGCCUACUGGCUCGAGUUCGGCCUCUCCUUCAUCGACGGCGGUAAAUCGGCAUUCCGCUGGCGUUUCCCCAUCGCCUUCCAAAUCAUCUUCCUUUUGAUUCUCUUCGUCGCCGUCUGGUUCUUCCCCGAGUCCCCGCGCUGGCUAGUCAAGGUUGGCCGUGAGCAGGAAGCACGAUACAUCCUGCAACGUCUGCGUGGAAGCAGCCCGGAAGAUAGGGUCCGCGCCGAAGCCGAGUUCCAGGACAUCCAGAGCAUUGCCGAGAUGGAGAAGACCGUUGUCCACGGCAACUCGUACCUCUCGAUGCUGUUUGGCUGGAAGUCCGGUGACCUGCACAUCGGUCGGAGAGUGCAGUUGGUCAUUUGGCUGCAGAUCAUGCAGGAAUGGGUUGGUAUUGCUGGUGUGACGGUUUAUGCGCCGACGAUUUUCAGUAUUGCUGGCUUUGACUCGACGAAGAGUCAGUGGAUCAGUGGGUUGAAUAAUAUCUUUUACAUGUUCGCCACCCUCAUCUGUGUAUUUACUCUGGAUCGAAUUGGACGACGCUGGACUCUAUACUGGGGUUCUGUCGUACAGGGUAUCGCCAUGUUCCUUGCCGGUGGAUUUUCUCGCCUUGCCAUCAACGCUAAGGCUGAUGGCAACAUGGGCUCGGCUUCUUCGUACGGUGCAGCGGCCGCCUCGAUGAUCUUCAUCUUUACCUCGACCUUUGGUGCUACCUGGCUUACCGUGCCAUGGCUAUAUCCGGCUGAGAUUUUCCCGUUGGCAGUGCGCGCCCGCGGCAAUGCUUGGGGUGUAGUUGGAUGGAGCAUUGGCAAUGGAUGGCUGACUCUGCUCUGCCCGGUCAUGUUCGAUUCUAUCGGCGAAAAGACCCUCUACGUCUUCGCAGCCAGCAACGUGAUCACCAUUCCUAUGGUGUGGGCUCUGUAUCCCGAAAGUAACCAGCGCACCCUAGAAGACAUGGACCUUCUCUUCGCGGCCAAGACUCCCUGGACCUGGGAUGCGGAGAAGACAUUCGCCCGCCUCAAGGCCGAGAAUCCCGGGAUGAUGGACAUUACUAGUCGCAAGAAUAGUGUCGUGGAUCCCGAGACUGGCAAGGUGACCCCCGUGGAUGCGGUGACAGCGGCUAAAAUUGAGAACGCCACUGCUGCUGAGCAUGUGGAUCAUCCUUGAUGAAUGGGAGAUGAAUGAUCGAUGCUCUCCACAUAAGUGAAGUUUGAAGUAUAAUGGUGAACUGCUCUGUAGCUAGAAAUAGCUUAGAGUUGCGACUAGUCAUGCCAGAAAUGAAAGUGAUGUCAUAUUUAG